UUGGUUUGAACAUUGUUGUGGUCAUCUAUUCGUGAGUAAUAAACCAUCUCAAAACAGUGGUUUCAAAUAAUGACAGUAAUUUGUUUUACUUAUGAAUCUGAGAUUUUACUUGGUUCGACUAGGCAGUUCUUGCUCAGGUUCCCUUCCGAAGUUAAACUCAGAUGGUGACUGGGUCAUCUCAAAGCUUCUUCAUACACAUGUCUGACAUUUGGGCUAGGAGUAUUGUAACAGCUGGGAGCUGGACAAAUAUAAUGGAAUACUGGGACCUCCCUUUGUGUGGUCUUCCAAUGUGGUGGCCUCAGGAUAGCUGGACUUCUAUUGAGGCUGGAGGCUCACUGAGCAAAUGUACCAAGAGAAACUGAUAGAAGCUACAUGGCCUUUUCUAACCUGUCCUCAGCAGUGGUGCAGCAUCAUCAAGCCAGUCACAAAGGCAUGCUCAGGUUCAGGGGCAGGACAGAGACCUCUGUUGGUAGGAGGAAGGUUGAAGACUUUAUGGGCAUAUUUUAACACUACCUCCUUGAGUUGGUUAAUGGGGUCAGGCAGCGUGAUAUGCCAUAAUUGAAGGAAUACCAGGUUGUGAUGGAAGGCGGAGAGUUUGAUUUCAGAGUGCCUCAGUUUGGGCUGUUUAUUCAACAAUACAAAUUGAGAUUGCAAAGAAUGUCUGAAUGUAUCCAGAUCUCAUUUGCUGUUUGUAGAAUUGGCAUUUACACGUGUUUUAGAGCACUGUGCUGCAAGGGACCCCCACCUGCACGCCCAGAAUAUGACCUGGUUUGCAUAGGCCUCACGGGUUCCGGCAAGACCAGUCUGCUGUCGAAGCUCUGCAGUGAAAGCGCCGAGAGUGUCGUGUCCACGACAGGUUUUAGCAUAAAAGCAGUGCCAUUCCAGAAUGCCAUCUUGAAUGUAAAAGAACUUGGAGGGGCUGAUAAUAUCCGGAAAUACUGGAGCCGCUACUACCAAGGAUCUCAAGGGGUAAUAUUCGUAUUAGAUAGCGCCUCUUCAGAGGAUGACUUAGAAACUGCCAGAAAUGAACUGCACUCAGCUCUCCAGCACCCGCAGUUAUGCACUUUACCAUUUUUAAUAUUGGCCAAUCAUCAAGACAAGCCAGCAGCUCGCUCAAUACAAGAGAUCAAAAAAUAUUUUGAACUUGAACCACUUGCACGUGGGAAACGCUGGAUUCUGCAGCCCUGCUCGCUGGAUGACGUGGAGGCGCUGAAGGACAGCUUCUCUCAGUUGAUAAAUUUGUUAGAAGACAAAGACCACGAGGCUCUACGAAUGUGAAACCCAGCAAAGAAAAGAGGUCCCCCAAAGGCCUGGAGCCUAUCACGUUAGCUUCUCAUUGGAAUUUCAUUUUGGUAUCAAGACUAUAAUGGCUUCUGUCUCUAUUUUUCUCUAGUUGUUUCAGACUUUCAUCUCUCUUUUCAAGUGAAUAUUCUGUAAAUCAGGUGAAUCGUCCUCAUCAGCAUUAAUGUCAAGUACACACUACUGAGAGAGAAUUUAUUCUCUGUUUACCACUAAUUAUCUUCGCCGCAUGUCUCUUCCUUCUGUUCUAAGCGUCUCUUCUAUCCUCUGUGCUAAAAUGAAUGGAAUCAUGGUUCGCAGAAAUCAGACCCCUGUAAGAGACUCAACAACUCUCACUUUCCCAGGGAAAGGAGUGGAGUCUUGUAUGACUGGGGCUUCAUGUAAUAUGCAUAUCGCUUUUAAGCUCUCUUAAAGUUUUUAUUUUAUUUUAUCGUAUUUUGGUUUUUAGGGUUUUUUUUUUUAUAUUGAUGUCAGGGACUAUAAGAGAAAACUGAGCACCAAAAACUUCCAUUAAUCAUCACAAAGGAAUAUCUGCCAUAGUAAAAUUAGCUUUGAAGAACAUAAAGGACAAGAUGUGUCCUUAAUUACGUCUGGAGUCUCACUCUUCUCUCUUAACAGAAAAGACAUGCUUUUACUUUUGGAGACAAAUUUAGGCACAAUGCAUUUGAUAAGUCCUGAAGUAUUUUUUUACUGCAUAAAUUCAAGCCUCAACAUGAUAUAAGUAUCUUUUUCUAAAAAUCAGUGUUUGAUCAAAAUAGAGAAAAUAAUUUUUAAAGUAAUACAGUUUUUAAAACGGGCAAACCAAGUAUGGCUUAUACUGGUGAAGGUUUUAGGCCGGUGUGGAUUUGAUGAAGGGCCCAAAAGAAUCAUGUGUGUACUCAUUCAGUAAGUAUUAAUGUAGUUGAAUGGAGUCUGUUGCCUCCGUCUAGUCAGUAAGGGUCUAUCAGUAUUUCUAUUAUUAACCUCUAUUUUCAGGGGUUCAAUGUGCCCUUAAAAAUGUGCUGGGACUGCAGCAAAUAAGUCUUUUCUGGUCUCAGAUGCAAUCUUUGGAACUCAUUUUUUGCCAAUUAAUUUAAAUGGUAAAAUGACCUAGAGAUAAAUGUACAGUUUUACUAAAAUUUAGAGCUUUUGACCUUUUCUAGAUCAGGAGUCAUCUGUGGAUCCUGAGAUUCGUAGAUGAAAUAUUUUUGGGCACAUUUGUAGAGUUGUGGCCACAAACAAUACCAAGUGGCCAAACCAGAGACAACCGCUCCCACACCUGAGCAAUAAAACAUGUUUGUAAUUUCUCAGUUGCAUCGACUGAUACCCACCUACCACAGACUCAUGCCGCAUUACAAGCUGAUGUCAUACCUUUAAUCCUUCAGAAGAUAUACUUGACAUCAUUGAAAUACAGUUUUUGUGGUUUCAUCUUGUAAGUGGAUUUUAAUGAAAUCAUUGCCUUUGAAACACCUAACACUUCUUUAAGCCUUUUUUUAAUAGUGUGGAUCAAAAGCAGAUCCACAGUGAUUCACACAUAAUUUCAUCCUGAGCAUCCUUGAGUAUUUUUUAGCACUGCAUAAUCUGUGAGCAGAACAAAACUUCUAUUCCAAUGACCAGUGACACAAUUCCUGAUUUUGUUUUGUCCCGUUGUGCUCAUCUUCCAUGCAGAAUCAGUGACGAUUAGGUCUGGCUUCCCCUGCAAGUUCAUUAAAUGUAGGAUGUUGUCUUUUUAAGAGACUGUGGCUAAGUGCUCCUAAGCCAUCUGUUAAAGGACUUCCCGUUGUCUGUGUGUGUGUGUGUGUGUGUGUGUGUGUGUGUUCUCAUGUGCGCGCCAGGGAUGGGCUUCCCCUCAGACCCAGGAUUGUCUGCAGCCGUCAGAAUGAAAACAUUAUCAAUCAGUACCCAACAACAGCUGUUUUUGACAAGUUUCUGUCUGACGCCUAAUGCUUUACAACUGUCAAUAAGACUCCUUCUUUGUCUAGCAGGUCGGAGCUCGCCUGCUUGCUGCUUCCGUGUGGCAUCCUGUCCUUGUAACCCUAGAAUUUGUCAUGUUUUGGAAAUCUACGGAUGGGGGUGGGGGGUGGGGGAUGGGGACAGGGGCCUGGAUGGGUGCGGGUAGAUGGGUGGGGGGGAGUGGGGGGGAGUGGCUGUCAUCUUCCUACUUUCUCGAGUGAAGUGCCACAGGUGUCUUAGUUUGCAUAUUCAAAUAUUAUAUAGGAAAAACAGUCUGUUAUGUAUUUCUUCACUUAGCUUCUUGUUAUAUUUAUGGAAGUUACCAGUUUUUGUACCUUCUUAGCUAAAGCAGUUGCCUUUUUUAUAAUGGCAAUUAAUUUAUAUAAAACUUUGUAUCUACUGUAGUUUACAGUAAUGGUUGCUAAUUAACUGCCAUAUUGCCCUGUCUUUCUAAUAAAAAGAAAAUCUAUUGUAUCUAUACUUAGAGGUUAACAGAGUCAUGUGGACAUUUGCCAGAGAAGAAGAAUCCAUACUGUCCCUGAUUUGUAUAUGAUUUCCACUAUCUCCAAAUGAAAAUAAACACUGAGUAGAAUGGA